AUGGCGGCAAAAAAGUACAAGUACAAUGUCAUCAAGGAAGCGUUUGCGAACGCAAGUUCGCACUUGACGCUGGAAGAAAUUGAAUGUGAGCGGAGAGGAUACAAGCUGACUAAAACUAUCCUUGGAUCUGGAGCUUACGCUAAAGUAAAGAUGGCCUAUGCUAUGGAAAUAAAACAAGAGAAAGACAAACGAUUGUCAGAUGACUUACACACGAAAGGACACAAUAUAGUUGCAAUCAAAAUUAUUUCAAAGCGACAAGCACCGAUAGAAUACCUAAACAAAUUUAUGCCAAGAGAAAUCGAUGCUCUUAAUGCAACUGCUAGACAUCAUAACGUGAUUCAGUUAUACGAGACAUUUCAGUCCAACGACAAGAUUUUCAUGGUCAUGGAGUACGCAUCCAAAGGGGAUUUGUUGGAUUACAUCAAUUCUCGCUGUCGCCGAUGCGUGGGAAUAGGAGAAGAUCUUGCCAGACAUUUUUUUCGUCAACUGAUCGAAGGACUUUCACAUUGUCAUCGCCGCAAUGUCGUUCAUAGGGACCUGAAAUGUGAAAAUAUUUUAAUAGAUGAUAACAACGUCAUCAAGAUUUCAGAUUUUGGGUUUGCGACCCAAAGCCCUAGCAACAUGGCCAAGCUGCUUGAGACAUUCUGUGGGUCGUAUGCAUAUGCUGCGCCAGAGAUUCUCAAGGCACAAAAAUACGAUGGGAAAUGUGCUGAUAUAUGGAGCUUAGGGAUCAUGUUGUACGCCAUGAUGUGUGGGAAGCUUCCUUACAAUGACAACUGCAGUCUUCAUUCACUGAUCUUACAAACUAAAGGAAAACUGACAUUCCCUAUUCGUGGUUCCUGUUCACCAGAAUGCCAAAGGCUUAUCCGGGACAUUUUGAAAAACGAUCCCAAUGARAGAAUCACCAUCAGCCGAAUGCUUGUGGAUCCUUGGUUGAACGAAGGCAGACAAGAGAUUCCAAGGACAUUAUUCAAGAAAGGAAUUUCCCCCAUGUUAUCGCCUCAUGUUGAAUCUUUACGCGAGACGAAGGGACAACGUACGGGGACACAGGAUGUUGGUUCCAAAACCCCCGAGCCGCCGCAGAAUAGAACAACACGAUCCCAAACACCAGUUGCAAAACAAGGAUGGUCAUCUUCGCCAAASACACCCGAACCCAGCGCGGUGACGAAGCUCUUACACAAGCGUAACGCCAAAAGACUUGCUUGCAGGGCAUCAAAAUCCCCGGCAAUAGACCCAUCCCCGGUCCUCGAGUCGAUACCAUCAACUCCCGUGGAUGAUCUAAUGGACAGGUUGUCACCUUCUGUUAAUGGACGCUCACCCGCCUGUGCAAGAAGCCUCACUCCUGGGGUACAAACGAAAGUGACCAAUAGGAAGGAGUUGCCCGUAAAAAUUGCGCGGAUCAUUACGGGGCCGGAAACUCCUAAAACAUCGAAGAACUUGACCCGGGAAACGUUCGUGAUAAUGAGUCGAGCGACGCACGAGUUACAACAGCAUAAACAGAUCAGGAAUGAUUUGCGUGAAAAUAGACAACAAGUAUGGAGAUAUGUCAAUGAGCUUUCGUCACAAAACAAAAGAUAUAUUUCACCAAGAGAAAUAAAGUCCUGUGCAGUUAAAUCCAAUCUUCUUCUCAAGACCGUWUGCCUCGACACCCCUCCAGAAAGUAAGAAAUUUUGYCAGUCAGGCAUGGCACCAUGGAAAYGGGUCAUCGUCCACCAAAGGCAUCAUGGAUCACCUUCAAUACCUAGCCACCAAACAGUCAGGCGUGACGUCAAAAGAGGAUGCGCCAGCUCUGGUUCCAACCAGAAUAUCUUUUUGGAAGAUAUGAUUUCAAGCAGCCCGAUGUAUGAGAGACCAGUUCGAGGGGUUUUGUACAAGCAAGGCUCGCCACGGAAGAGUGUGUCGCCAGCAAGACGCGUCUCUUUUACACCAAAUAGAAGAAGAUAG